GGCUGAGAUAAGCCGCCCAGGUCAGCUCUUGCCCUGGGCACGCUGCGUAAUUAACGCCCCGACCCCGCAGCCUCUCCCACCGUCCUGCCCCGGCGGGACCGGAACAGCGGUUGAGGAAUCACUUCCCGGGGCGGCCUGCAGGACGCGCAGUCCCGGAGGGCCCGGCCCCGCAGAAGACGCCCCUUCGGCGCUUUCCUCCCGGGCGCCACCCCGGGCGGCCUUCGGUCUCUGUCCCGCCGGUCCGGAGGAGCCGGCGCGGGGCCCGGGCACGCGGGGGUUCAGCCGGCGGCCGGAACCCGGAAGGUUAUAAUGAAGAUUUCCACAGGAAAACACCUGGGAAAUAGGCAACCAGGACGUGACGAUAUACAUGGUGCAUAGACAGCCACAAGUUUAUUUUAGGAAGAAAACCGUUUGGAAAAAAGAUGAAGUUCCUUAUCUUCAUAUGUGUUGGUGUUGUUCACCUUUUGUCCCUGGGCUCUGGGAAGACGAUAUACCGGAGUGGCAUCUCUCAGAGAGCUUUUCAAGAAAUUAAAGAAGAAAUAGCCAGCUAUAAGGAUGUUGCUAAAGCGAUUAUCGACCUUGCUGUUUUUGGGAAAUACCAGAACCGGUCCUAUGAGCGGUUGGCACUUUUGGUUGACACUGUCGGACCCAGAAUGAGUGGCUCCAAGAACCUGGAAAAGGCCAUCCAAAUCAUGUACAAAAACCUGCAAGAAGAGGGGCUAGACAAUGUCCACCUGGAACCAGUCAGAAUAUCCCACUGGGAAAGGGGAGAAGAGUCUGCUGUGAUGCUGGCGCCGAGAAUUCACAGGAUGGCCAUUCUGGGCCUUGGCAGCAGCAUCGGGACACCCCCAGAAGGCAUUACAGCAGAAGUUCUGGUGGUGACCUCUUUCGACGAACUGCAGAGAAGGGCCUCAGAAGCAAGAGGAAAGAUCGUUGUUUAUAACCAACCUUACAUCAGUUACACAGUGUCAGUGCAAUACCGGAUCCGGGGGGCAGUGGAGGCUGCCAAGGUGGGGGCUUUGGCAUCCCUCAUCCGAUCAGUGGCUUCCUUCUCCAUCUACAGUCCUCACACAGGCAUGCAGGAAUACCAGGAUGGUGUGCCCAAGAUCCCCACAGCCUGUAUUACGGUGGAAGACGCAGAAAUGCUAUCAAGAAUGGCUUUUCGUGGGAACAAAAUCAUCAUUCAGCUGAAAAUGGGAGCAAAGAGUUACCCGGAUACGGAUUCCUACAACACUGUGGCAGAGAUCACUGGGAGCAAGUACCCAGAGCAGGUUGUGCUGGUCAGUGGACAUCUGGACAGCUGGGAUGUCGGGCAGGGUGCCAUAGAUGACGGUGGUGGAGCAUUUAUAUCAUGGGAAGCACUCUCGCUUAUUAAAGAUCUUGGGUUACGUCCAAAGAGAACUCUGCGCCUGGUGCUGUGGACUGCAGAGGAACAGGGUGGACUUGGUGCCUUCCAGUAUUAUCAGUUGCACAAGGUAAAUAUUUCCAACUACAGUCUGGUGAUGGAGUCUGACACAGGCUUAUUCUCACCCACUGGGCUGCAAUUUACUGGCAGUGAGAAGGCCAGAGCUAUCAUGGAGGAGGUCAUGAGCCUGCUACAGCCUCUCAACAUCACUCAGGUCUUCAAGGACGCAGAGGGGUUAGACAUUAACUUCUGGAUCCAAGCUGGAGUGCCUGGAGCCAGUCUCUAUGAUGGUAUGUUGUAUAAAUAUUUCCAGUUCCAUCACUCCCACGGAGACACCAUGACUGCCAUGGAUCCAGAGCAGAUGAACAUUGCUGCUGCUGUUUGGGCUGUUGUCUCUUAUGUCGUUGCAGACAUGGAAGAAAUGCUGCCCAGGUCCUAAAAAGACCAAGCAAGAGGGCAUGGAAUCCUGGCCAGGAAUCCUGCAGCUUCAGAAAACUCCUCUUCACAUAAGUUUUAUCUGAUUCAUCUUCAAAGCAUGAGUCUUUUGCAUACUUUGUUUUCUCCUUUCUUGGUACUUUCUAAAUUGUUUCUAGAAUAAGAGAUGAUUCCUACUACUAUGUAGAAUCCAUAUACAGUAAGGGCCACAGUAAGGGUAUUUCUUUAAAUCGCCUUUUCAAAGUAUUGUUUCUACUAAAAAAAUAAACAACAGAAGACCACCUUUUAUGUGCCCAUUUAUAAAUAUUAAAUAUAAUGAGAUUGAUUUUGUGGUUUA